AUGAGUACUUAACAAGAAUCUCAAAAUCAGAUUCCAGUCCAACCCUAACUACUCUCUUCCUCUUCCCAAGCCAAAGUGGCUGCCCUCGAUAGUCUCAGCCUGAAACAGCAAAUAGAUGCCUACGAGCAAAUGAAGACCAUUGCCACUCUCACUCCUCAGAAAAUUGAACUAGACGGGUUUGCUGACUACAAGGUCUGCAAUCAUUAUCUGAACACAAACAAGACGCAGCUUAUCCUUUACCUCUACAAACACUCAGACAAUUCUCGCAUUCUUAAGCGCCUUGACUUUUUGUUGAUGAAAGAGACUGGCCACUUUGAUCUGCAAGACCAAUACGCCAUUGAAGGGGUGUCUGAAGAUGGCAGUUAUGUACUUCUUGAGUUUAAGAAAGACAACAAGUGGAAUCACUUUGGAGUGUAUACAGUUUAUCAACUCUUUCUAAGAGAGAAAGCCAAACCCCUUUUCACUCUGGUCUAUAAUAAUUCAAACCUUUUGAUUAAAAAUGGUCAUGUAAAACUGAACUUCUUCGGUUUUAAGCUGUGCCUUUUCAAUAGUUACAAAUUCAUCAAGAUUAUCAAUCUGGAUCUGAAAGAAGUCAGCAACUAACUAAACUUUGACCGGCAAAACGGAGGUAUGAUUUUCCCAAGGAAGGAAUUCAACCCUCCAAAGCUGCUUGAUAUUGAGCAGUUCUUGAAAAGUGACGCUCUUACCUUCAAAGGAUACACCUUCAUGAAAACUUACAAACUGGAGGAGGUAACUCCUGCUAACUAUGUCCCCUCUAAAAGCAGUUGCAUUAAGACUUUCAAUUAUUGCAGUCAAAAGUAGUUCCUCUUCUUUGAGCAAGAUUACGAAGAGACUAAGACCCUCUCCUUCAUGAGGGAUUCUACUCUUUAGGAUAUCAAAGUCUUCGAUUUCUCGCCAGGAAAGCCUCUGACACAGCUUUUCUCCUACAAGUUGACUGAAGGAGGGGGACUUUACAAAUUCAUAGCUGAGGAGCAUGAGUAAGCUUUCAUAGUAGUAAACUGUAACACCAACAAAGCAGAAAACAAACGAAGUUAUCAGCUGCUGGCCUUGGAUAUUCGUAACAAGUCUGGUUCCCUAGUUGCAGACUAAUUUAACUUUAUUGGUUUUAGCAAAAACAACCUCGUAUUCUACGACGACAGGGAAUCUAAGCAAAAUCUAGAGAAACUCCCAUUCUUUCAAAAGAGAGAACAGUUCUAAGUUCACUGUUUGCAUCGAAAAGCAAGGUAUACUAAAGCAUUCUAAGAUGUCCACUACAUUGAGAAUUCUAAGAAGGCAGACCUUCUGUUUGACAUUCAUACCAACUCCUAUGUUUACCCAUUGAGUGUCUUUGGCAAUGUAACUGAUUUAAAGGCUUUCAGAGUAGAAGAAGGCAUCUAGUUAGUUGUUAAGAGGGAGUUCCACAGCUAAUGCAAAGAAAUAUCGGUCUACAACUAGAGAGAUUCUAAGAAUGACAGUUUAUUUAAGGGAGAAAAUCCUUCUUUAAAGGGGUAAAAGGUGAUCACUUACUUUAGGCGAGAUGAGGACUUUUACUGUUUCGUGGUAGCUUCAAACUUCAAUAAUGACAAAAAGACUCUUGAAAAUCCAGUAAUUGGCUACAAUUACAAGGUCGCUAAAGAGAGCCAGGAGUAGGAGAAAUCGAACUUAAGAAGAAAUAGAUCGACUAAUUCGUUUAAGUUUAAAGAGAUCGUUAAAGUCCCAGAGAACUAUGUUAAAAUCCACAAGGCCAGGAAUCAAGUCAAAGGCAAUAAUGCGCUCUUUUCCGAUCCUGAGCAGUACUUUCAAGAAAACUUUACCUUGUAUGUCAGGACUCCAACUUCAAUACUAGUAUUGGAGAACCAAGCUUGGGUUCCUCUGCUAGUACUAGGCCAAGGUGAAGAAAUAAUGUUUUCAAAGUUCGAUACGAAGUACUUCGUAACCGUUUCAAAACUGUAGGAGGAACAAGGCCAAGUAACAGCCCUAAAGAUAUUUGCCAGAGAUAAGAGUUGCAAACACCUUAAGAAGAUCAUCGUAGACUGGGACAUCAAAACAAAUCUUAAGAUUAUAGAUGACUACAUUGUUUUCUUCUCUUCUGACCAGCUUAAUAUCGUCAAAAUCAGAAAUGGGUCAUAAACAAUUCAGUACUAGUUCAUAGGUCUAGAACAGUACAAUUUUAGCAGAGUAUACAGAUUCAAUGAUGAGCUAACUCUCGGCAUCAGCGAUUUCGGUGAUACUAUCUACUAUAUGCAACUAGGUGAAAAGCCAGAUAACGAGACUUUUGAAGGUUUAUGCCACUAUGAUUAUCUUAUCAGCACUGAGCUUUGUAACUUAGUGGCCAAAACUAAUUUCACUGGUGAUAAAAUCGAGUUCUUUAUGGAAGAAAGUACAGUACCGUUUGGAUUCAUAAACUCUCACUACACUCAAGCCCAAAUUCAAAGUUUUGUCGAACUAGUGGGCAAAGACUCCAACAAGUUAGCUGCAAUACUUUCAUCUGAAAUACCUUAAGAGCUGCUGAUUAAUUAUCCUUAGUUCGAUAGUUUCUUGCACUAUGUGAAUCUAAAGCCCAAGGUUUUGAGAGCAUUUGCAACUUCAUUAGAGAUUAUGAAGAAGUAAGGAAUUGCGAUCCCACUUUUGAUCUACAAUAACCGGAAAGGGAAGAACCCAAUUGAUUUGGCAAGAGAAGCCAAUAACACAAUAUGCGUUGAAUUGCUGCUUGACAUUGCCUUGUCGUACCAGUAGCCUCCUACAUUUGAAAUGAUCCUAGACUAAAACAUCAACUACAUCAUCAAGAGCAGAAUAGACAUCUCAAAGUACAUGAAGCUAGACUCAUGCUUUAAGAAGAUUGAUGACGAUAGGCUUCAUCACUUGUCACCGCAUGAUGAUCUACUUUUGAAAGGUAUUGACUAAAGAAGUCAGGAUGACAUUAUUAGCUUCUAUAAAUCUCAGAUAGUAACAUCUCUUGGCUAAGCUCAAAGAUGUGGCAGGCAAAACAUAGCUUAAACCUAGGAAAAACACCCUAUUGAAUACUUUAUGGUAUACUUGCCUCGAACUAUGGAAGAUGACUUAAAUCCUUUCAUUAGGUAACUUAACAACAGUGGAGAGAUCUAGCUAUUCACUUUCAAAGCCUUCUAAGCAAUCAUAGAUUUCAAAUGGAAUUAGUACGCUAAAAAGUUCUUCUACUUAAGGGCGGCCAUAUUCUUCGCUUUUCUUUGCUUUUUCCUUGCUGACAUCUACUACUCAUCAUUCAGCAAGGUAUUUGAUGAGAACAACGAUUUGCAAGAAGAUAAAAGGGAUUUAGCUUCGCUGAUUGCUAUUAAAGCAGUUGCAUGCCUAUUUAUAGUGUACUUUGCAUACUACGAGAUAUGCUCUGCAGUGCUUCAGAAGGGUUAUUUCAAGGAUUUGUGGAAUCUUGGAGAUACACUGUUAAUCAUAGGUUAUCCUACAAUUACAAUCAUUGACGCUUGUUCAAUCUGGUAUGCGGGAGUAACAAUCAUCUACGUGAUUCUUAUCUUCAUAGUGUUCAACAAGAUCAACUUCUUCUUGAGAAUCAACGAGAACUUCAGCUACCUGGUCACUAUGAUCUGGCACUCUUUGAACUCUGUCCGGUACUUCUUAACUUUUUGGUUGCUUUUCUUGGCUAUGUUCAGCGUUAUCUUUACUAUACUCUUCCAGGGGGAGUACAUAGAGGGAUACAACGGACUGGAUAUCGCAGGCUACUUUACCUCAACUAUCAAGUUGUCGCUUGGAGAUUUCGAAGUGGAGCACUAUUCAGAGCAAAAGCGGUACCUGGUAAUCUUUACCUGGAUCAUUUGGAUGAUGGCAGUCAUCAUCCUCAAUGUGAUCUUCAUGAACUUCAUUAUUGCGGUAAUCUCAUCGUCUUACGAGGAAAUCAUGACUAAUAUCACUGCCCAAUCCUACAAAGUGAAGGCGCAAAUGAUCUAUGAGAGUGAACUCCACUUGUUUAGAGGCCACAAGCCCUCUCAACCAGACCCUCAGAAUUUCCCACGCUACAUCUUUGUUCGGAAACCAGUUGAUCAUCAGAAAGACAAGCAGGACGAUGUGCAAGAAAGCAUUGCUGACUUGAAGAAUGAGGUCUUUGAGACAGGGCAGAACCUAAACGCUAGAAUAGUUCAAAUCCACGACAAGAUGCACUCGAACUUCGAAGCAAUAAUGCAGCAAAUGCGAGAUAUGCACCUUGAUAUGAAUGGCAACGCUAAGAGAGUCAAACUUAUUGAGUAGUUCAUUCAGAAACAGUUACCUUAGGAUAAAGCAAAAGAUGACUCUGCAAAUUAAGGUGGAGUUAUCGAUUACGUAGAGCCUAAGACACAAAAAGAAGUACUGAAGGGAGACUAGUCUAACAUUGAUGAAGAUGGGAAAGCAAAUGAAGACUUGAGGGCAGUGGCACAGAUGAUUUUGGACUAGACAAAGUGA